UCCCCUCGUUUCCUCUUUUUCCUUCCCCCGACCAUCACCCUACCAAGCCCUCUUUUCAGGCCAGGUGUCAAGAGCGCGCAUCGGCCGGGAGAUGCAGCGUCGGGUCUGCCGCACACGGACAGCGGACUCGGAGCUGCCGCAGAGCGCCUCGGCUCCCUCCGGACUGCUUCUAACACUUCUUUGAAUCCACAUAUAAGGACGUAUUUCUUCACGAUCUUUUUUUUUUUUUCCCAAAAAAAGAGAGAGAGGGCAAAGCAGGCUGUGUUCAAUGCGCAGCCAUGCUUCUCAUCUCGUCUCGCAGUGCGCUGCUGUCCGUCUACUACCCGCAGAUCUUCCUCAUCCUCACCAGCGGUAGCUACCUGGCGUUGUCCUCCGUGGUGGCCCUGGGCGCCAAUAUCAUCUGCAACAACAUACCAGGACUGGCACCCCGUCAGAGGGCACUCUGCCAGAGUCGCCCGGACGCCAUCAUCAUCAUCGGCGAGGGCGCCCAGUUGGGCAUCAACGAGUGCCAGUACCAGUUCCGCUACGGCCGCUGGAACUGCUCUGCCCUGGGGGAGAGGACGGUCUUCGGACAAGAGCUGAGAGUAGGCAGCAGGGAGGCAGCAUUCACCUAUGCCAUCACAGCCGCUGGAGUUGCCCACGCGGUGACGGCGGCCUGUAGCCAAGGCAACCUAAGCCAGUGUGGCUGUGACCGCGAGAAGCAGGGCUACCACGACCGCGAGGAGGGCUGGAAGUGGGGAGGCUGCUCGGCAGAUGUCAAGUACGGCGUGGAGUUUUCGCGACGCUUUGUGGACGCUCGGGAGAUCAAGAAAAACGCCCGCCGGCUGAUGAACCUCCACAACAACGAGGCGGGUCGAAAGAUCCUGGAGGAGAGAACGAAGCUGGAGUGCAAAUGUCACGGCGUCUCUGGCUCCUGCACCACCAAGACCUGCUGGAUCACCCUGCCCAAGUUCCGAGAGGUCGGCUACCUGUUGAAGGAGCGCUACGGCGACGCGGUGCAAGUGGAGCCUGUCCGGGCCUCGCGGCUCCGCCAGCCCUCCUUCCUGCGCCUGAAACAGGCUCGGGGCUACCAGAAGCCCACGGACACGGACCUGGUGUACCUGGAGCGCUCGCCAAACUACUGCGAGGAGGACACGAUCACAGGAAGCACGGGGACGAGGGGCAGGCUGUGCAACGGCACUUCCACUCACACAGACGGAUGCAACGUGAUGUGCUGCGGCCGGGGCUACGACACGCACCACUACACGCGGGUCUGGCAGUGUAACUGCAAGUUCCACUGGUGCUGCUUCGUCAAGUGCAACACCUGCAGAGAGAAGUCGGAAGUUUUUACCUGCAAGUAGGCGCAGGGAAACGGGAACUCGGAAAAGGAAAGGCCUUAAGAUAUUUAUUACAUUUUGCACAUUUUGGCAUCGUAUUUCUACAGAAACAGAAACUCAAGCUGAAUUUGAGCGGUGGAAGUCACUGGGAGCAACAGAGACAAACAACUUUGCAAAGGUUUUCAACUUUUUCACAUAUACUUAUGCAAACUUGAAUAUAUUUUUUAGGGGUUUUCAGUGAUAGACCAACAAUAAGUAGUUAGGUGACUACCAGCUUUGCACAAGCAUGAAAUUUUUUUUUUGUUGCAAAAAAAAGCUACAAAUUAGAGUGUGGACAGUAAUUUUCACAACUUGGAAGAUUGUUUUUAGUUGUGAACUUUGACUGGACCACCAACAGUCGCUGUAGCUCUAGUAUAUAUUUUUACAUGGAAAAGUCUGCAUACAAUUUUCUUUCCACUUCACAAUUAACACAUUACUUUACGUUGGUCUAUCGCAUGAAAACGCUAAAACAUAUUUAGGUUUGUGGCGAUUAUUUUUGCUUCCAUACUGGUGUUAGAAGACGUUGCAGUACGAAGGCAAAUUUUUGGCAUCGAGCGACGACUGUUGGUUAUUAUUUUAACAUUCAUGUUCAGGGGAACAUAAAUCAGAAAUGUACUUUGGACUGCCCUGGAAGAAGCCUCCACACGUGACCCGGAGAAAUGGCAGCCGAGCAUCUUCUCACACUGUAUUCUGUUCAAACACUGAAACAAAAAAAGAAUUAAAACUAUUAUUUAUGUAGAACAUCUUGUAGCUGGGCAUCUCAUACCACUCAAAAAUAUCUCCUUCACAAUGAUCCUCAUUUGUUAUUUAAAAUGAACUGUACCUUCUUUGGCACAUUCAGACAGUCACGUUACGCUAUACUUUGCCUUAAGUUUUACACUAAGGGCCGGUGUUGAACUGGCACAUUUUACACAUAAACCACCAUCCCAAGGCCAGAUGGGUUUGUUCCGCCAACAAAUGCAUUGCUUUAGGAAUCCAACCUGUGAGUCUGAACGGCCCUCCAUCCUGACUGCACUCAUUGUCUGGCUGCUGGACGAGCCGGUGCUUAGCAGAAAACCACGCAAGCCUCGUUGGGAAAUCCACGGAGGAGCUAUCGGGUCCAGAAGCAUCCAGCGCAGCCGCGAGCGGGCCGAGAUGAAGAGUCCCACACGGCGGCCUCUGCUUACACAAAGCCUUCCAGCGUGGUUUAGGCCUGCUCAGGCAGAUGGCAUCGGACCGUAACCACAUGGAAACGGGAAGAGAGGGGGGGGCGGGGGGGGAUGAAUGCCAAAGAUUUGCCAUUUCUGGGCAGCACCCUUAAUGUAUUUCCACAUUUUUUGUUUGUUUUUAGGCUUUGUAUGAGUUACAAAACAAUUGGAAGAAUAUAUUUUUAUAUGAGGAAUGUGGCACUUUAUGUCAUUUCUAGCUGGAAAGAGUGUUUCUUAUUCAUGUCAUUUUAUUCAUAUUUGAAAGCUAUAACUUAUUUGGAAUUGAUGUUAUUUUGGAAUAAAGCUCCUGAAAUGGAAAUACUCGACUACUUGAAGGGACUUGUCCACUUAAAACGGGAGUUUAACCUUCUCAAGACAUCCAGAAAAGCUGAGUUAUGCCAGAGACGUUACUGGGACAUCGCAGUCAUUAAGAAUGUCAUUGAAAACUAGACUUAUUUCAGUAAUUUAAUUCAAAAAGGGAAACUCAUAUUGCAUAGAGAUACGACUGUUAAUUUGGAUAAUUAUUUUUCAUAAUUGAAUUUUGCAGACAAUUAUAAGACGGAUAACAUAUUUUUAAAACCCUCCACAACAAGGGUAAGCCACUAAAGUGAUUGCUGAAUCCAAGCAUAUUCAUAGAAGGUUGAGUGGAAGGUAGACUACACAAGGAAGGAGGAUAACAUCAACCCUACAAGGCAUCGAAUGCAGCUGCUUUCUAAUCAGAAAGGGCGUCAAAAGGAGUUUUGUCUGGGCUAAGAAGUCCAAAUUUCCUACAGAGUAACUCCGGAGGAUAAGAGACAUUACAGCCAACAAUGCAGACGACAAGGCUGCUGCUGGUAAAACUUAACACCUUAGCAGAGUGAAGCUGAUCGCCUCCAUGCCACGCUGCACUGAUGCAGUAAUUCAUGCAACUCCGUUCUUUUAUCGCUACAGAGGUUUUUUUGUUAAACUUUGUUUCUGCCACACCAUUCCCUUCCACAAAAUUUUCCAUUUGUAUUGUUAGAUGCGUCGCCCUUUACAGUCGGCUUCUUUAGCGUGGACCUUUUACCCUCCUUGUGAAGGGAGUCGCUGGCUUUCUAAAGACUGUGUAGAUCAAAAUACAAAAUUUCUACAUUAACAGAUUUUCUGUCAUAUUCCCAUUUCUUGUAGAACUGAAUUUGGGGUUUUACCAAAGCACACAAGCUUUUCAACGAUGUCCUAAUUUGUUGAAAUGCACCAGUAGUUGAAAAGUUUGAAAACUUUAAAGGUUCAUAAGGCUCGACAACUAAAGACAAAAAAAAAAAAGGCAUUUUUUUAAAUUCGCACACACUUUAUUAGACCUUUUCUCCCAAAUUUAAACAUGAUCUGGAUAUUAUGAUGCAAGGCGAUCUCUGUAGGCCUCAGAACGGCGCAGUAGAGGUCUGUGAUGUAAAAUGCUGAUAUGGGAAACAGUAAAAUUCUUGCAUUGUCUGACUCGGCGGAUGAACGCCCAGGUUGCAGCCCUGCCACCCCUUUCAGCCCAGCUGACUUGCAACACAGCCCUCUUUCCUGUGGGGCUGAAAAGCAUUGCGGCCGGCCGGUCGAGCGUGAACUAAAGGCUGUUAUGUUAGCCGUCUGAAAUCCUGACGACCGGAACCCCGUAAAGCUCCCUCUACUGUGCUGCCGGAUCGGCGGGGAUGGUCCGUCGGAUUGUUUCAGCCCAUUUUGUCAUUAAAAAUCGGAGGCAGAGCAAACAGGGUGGAGCAGGGCGCGGGCAGACCCGAAUAGCGCCGCAUUGUCGAGUUGUCAGAACGGCUCAGCUUAUAGAGCGGCACGAGGAGGACAGGAAGGAGUGUCGUUUUGCAAACUUGACACUUCCCAUCCGAUUCCCCUCGGUUUCUCAUGCGUUCGUACGAUUUACUCUGUGGACAUUUCCGAAGCAUGCUGUGAUUAAACAGAAAGAGCGGGAUAUAAUGACCGCCCAUCAAAUAACGACGGAGUCAAAUAUGAGUUCCUCUGCCAAGAGACGGGCUGUAUGAAUUUGAUUUUAAUGAGAUGGUUGUUGAUUUAUGAUGCACGCCAUCAGCUUGUUAUACAUGGAAGACGAAGUGGAAAUCCCCACUAUCGAGGAAUAAACCCUUCAGUGCCAAAGCAAGUAGAAGUGCAGUUAUAAACUCAUGUCAGGCAAUUUUUUGAUAUAUAUAUAUAUAUAUAUAUAUAUAUAUAUACACUCUAUAUAUAUAUUUAUCUUAAAAGCAUGCGUAUGGACAGAUGUUUUCUCAGAUGUGCAAAACAGAAAUCUUGAAUACUUAAACACAAAACAAAAGUUUCAGAAAAGACAACAGUAGUUUAGAAAAGUGACAAUUACUGGAACAAUGAUCUAAAAUUGUCAUCUUAUCUUGCAGUUGCACAAGCUCACACUGAAAAGGGGAAAAAAAAAGAGGAUAACUUAUUGAACCUCUGUGCAUAAUCACUGGAGAUAAGUUUGAGAGUGCGUUCACACCAAUUCUGCCUUAAUCGAACUCUAGUCUGUUUGAGUAAGAAGGUUCGGUUAAUUUGGGGAGGUGUGAAUGCGCAAUCAAACUCUGAUCCAAACCAAAAAGGUGAACUCUGGUCCACCUAAGAACAAAGCGGAUUAAAGCGCAGGGAUAAUACGAUCAAAGCAAAUGCGGGAGACUAGCGCUAGCGACAGAAACGGCUCCUGGUUGUUUACCAAAGACAAAAGAGAAAUCCUACAAGUGGAAGUUAUGCUGCGUAUUGUUUAGAGGUUUCUGUGUCGUUUCCUUCAGUGGUUCUUGUUGCAGCGCCACCACAAGGAAAGCAGUAAAACAGGUUUUUCAAUUAGUUUGGAUAGUUUGACACAGAGAAGUGUGAAAGCGAACUGCACCGGCUGAAAAUGCAACAAAUGUUACACUUUGGUCUCCAGUUGAACUCAAGCUACUGGUCCAUCAGGUGUGAAAACACCACAUGAUUUCAUGGUCCUCUUUUAGGAUUUCUUCUCGUCAGUUCACCCCAAAGCUUUUCUGUUGAAUUCAGGUUAGAUAGUUGUAGCAGAAGAUACAUUUUUGUCUGGAAAAUCAUUUCUGUGAUGAUUUGGCUGCAUGAUUCUGAUUCCUACUCUACGAAAUGAACCCAAUUGUUGCUUUUUUUAAGUUUGCAGUUAAGAGCCCACCAUAUUGAUAUUUAAAAUCUCCUGCUGUUCCAAAGACUAGGAACCAUUACAGGAUUCCUAGGAAAGUAAAAUAAAAAUGUAAAAACAAUCACAGGCCUACAGCAUCACAGAUCUACCAGUCUUCUUUAUCACAGUCGUUUUGGGAUCUGGACAAAAUACUGAAACACAAUUGCAUACACUACCAAAGCACAAAGUCUUACAAAGUAUUUUUGGUCCAGUUUCUAUUGAAAAAUACCUUACUAUACUUAAAAUAAGACAAAACUAACUUGCA